AUGGCCAUGUUUGCUUUGCCCAGCAGGCAAAGUUUCAGCGUUUGUGGAUCUGGCCAACGGCUUCGUCCGCUAAGCCGAGGCUGCCGCUUCUGCGCCCGUGCUGGAGCCGUGAUCGACAAGCAAGGACAAGCUUUCACCCGACAUGUCGUGGUGCAGGUGCUGAAGUGGCUGAGUGACCACGCAGCAGCGUGUGGCGCCAACGACACGCCCUGGGAGCAGCAGACCAACGUGGGUGACUCGGGGGCCCCCACAGCUGCGGCGGCAGCAGCUUCAGCCGCUCAGAGGCAGUUGCUGUGGGAGGUGCUGCGGCUGCUGGUGAAGCACUCGGAGGCCGGAAAAACGAAGCAGGCCAGAGGGUGGCUUAUGGGGCAGAGCAAAGAGGACCAGUCCGUGGAAUCUGACUUGCUGAAGCUGCUGCUGGAGCGGCGAAAUGCCCCUGACGCGCACAGCCUGCGACGCAUGGCUGAGGAAGCCAAGUUGGCCGACAACCCCAUCGUCAAGAACGCCGAGCGGUUGGUUCGUCGAGUGCUCGAGCUCCCUAACCGCCCUGCCGUAGUCCUCGUACACUCGCCCGUGUGCGGCAUGGCCAACUACCCGAUUGGGCAUCCCAAGAACCCCGAACGGACGCCGUACAGUGACUACUGGCUUGUUCUUUGGCGAGGAGUUCACCAACUUCAUGAAUGCGUUAAACUCUUAUGCAACGCCACCAAGGUUCCAGUGUUGCUUGGAGUCAACGCCAACGAGGGAGCUUUGGAGGUUCUUGGUCAAACCCGCGGCUUGGACCCCAUUGACGUGGAGGGCUUUUUCACCGUUGUGAACAGCCUGAUCCCCAUUUCGCCAUCCUUCAACGAACGGCUGUACCAGCAGUACAACACGGACGAGUACUAUGGUGGCAGUUGGCUUCUUUCAGCUAUCAAUGUGAUUACAGAUGGCGGCUACCACUGCCCCUCCCGCCGCGUUGUCAAGCUCCUGUCCGCCCAGGGACUCACCGUGCGGUACCACAUCCUGCAAACCUCGAAACCCAAGACAGGGUGUCCGCUGUUCGUGACUACUGGCUUGUUCUUUGGCGAGGAGUUCACCAACUUCAUGGAUGCGUUCCACUCUUAUGACAUUCCCUUCACCUUCCUAGCGCCGUACCGUUAUCCGUUCAACCAGUGUCCCUUCACACCUAACGAGACGCAGCUUGCGUCGUACUUGUCGGGUAUCAUCAACGCCGUGGCCGCCUCUGGUUCUCCCCUGCCGCCGCGCACCAGCUCCCUCACCUCCCGCCUGCUCAAGAACACCCCAAGCUGGAAGCCCUGGACCGCCACCUCGAACCCCGUCAUGAACAUAGACACGGCUGGACCGCGGGUGUUUGAGGCGGCUGACCUGCUGCUGGAUGCCAAGUGUCAAUUCUGGGACGACCUCCUGAACGCGGACAUAACCGCGAGCACUGCCUUCCACAGCUGA